AAUGCUAUAGGAAAAGCACAACUCAAUGUUUAGCAGUCUGUUUCCAUGCUAUUACUAAUUAUCGUCUCUGUCUCUCUCGGAUGCUUUUACAUUGGUGAAAUGGUGCGUAGUUGGUGAUGUUCUCAGGUCUGUGCUUACCCCAGUGCAGCGUCAUCCCAGCCAUAUCUUUUUUAUCAGCAGCUUUGUGAGCAUAUAGUGAGACUGCCAAGUUCUUGUGUAGGUCCCUUGAGCCGUGUUUGUUUCUGUUCUGAGUCCCUGAAGCCUUUCCUGGAUUAUUCCUAGUCUCCAAGCCAUACAGUUUUUCUCACGCUUAUUAAAUAUCUAUGCUUGGAGUACUGGGAAAAUUGACUUGAUUUAUGGAACUCUCUUUCAUAGGAGAACAGCCCUUUUGGGUGUGUGUACACACACACACUGUGGAAGCAGAUUUACCCUAGCCAAAGUGACUUUAAUCACCUAUCCUUUGAAGUUACACAUCCCUCGUGACAGCAGAGCCAAACGACACUGAAGAAGAUGUCGUACACAGAGUACGGAGCAAGGACAGAGCUACUGCACGCAGCUCACGGGGUAACUGUGGGCCGUUCUCUCUUAGAGAGAGCGCAGGUGCCCUUCCUCCCUCCAUCCCUAAUUCAGUCCAAAAGACAUUAUGUGGGGGGUGAGCAAGGCAGCUGCCCUGUGGGGGUGGGUGCAGUGAUCUGCGAAGGGCUUCGGAGCCCGCCUGGGGUGAGGAGACAUCUGCAUAAAGUUUGGUACAGCAGUGACAGUAGUGGGAUGAACAGGGUAUCCAUGAGUGGGGUGGCGGAGACAAGAUUCCCUUUAUAGGAGAAAAGGGUUACAAAUAUGUGAGAGAAGCUUAGAAAGAACCUUUGGUGUUGGAUUAGAAAUGGAGGCAUCAGGGUGAACUCAUGGUUUUCAAUGUGUAUAUAUAAAGAAGUCCAGAUGUACAUACUUAAAUAUAGAUCUGCAUUUACAUCUGUUAAUAUAGAAAACCAUAAGUGUGUGCACACACAAACCACAGACAUGUUCCCUGACUUCCUACAGAGGAGGCCUGGGAACGCUGACACCCUCAUAGCAAUGAGGACACCUGCUACUGAGUCUUUGCUUUCUCAGCGGAGCAGGGAAGGUAGCAGAUGAGCCUGGAAUACCUUGUACCAGAAAGUAAUUCAGCACUCAGAGGAGCUGAAGGCAGCAGGAAAGGACUCCCACUAGUCAAAUCUGGAAUAAUCUGAGCAUCAGACUAAAUGGUAGGAACAUGCUGUCACCCACUGAAUAAAAUAGGAAUCCGUGAGUCCACGGUGAUGGAAGUAGGUGCUGUAAUCCACAUGGGGCGGGGGGUUUCUCCUUACACUGAAAUGUGCCUCUAAUGAACGCAGAAGCAAUGAUAGAAUUUUCUAAGUCACCAUUUGGUGACCAUCCUAACAAAUAGUUCAACCCCACAAAAUCAUUCAUUACGAAGAGAAAAACUAACUUUACAAUGAAGAAACUUGGCCAAUACCGUCUUAAUCCAUUCAUCAAAACAAAUAUUGUCAGUUAGAAGACGAACUGGAUUUGUGCCCCACACAAUAGGAUGCAGAGAACCCACCCCGCUCGCCCCGUGGUAUUCCUGCCGUAACUGGAGUCUGGUCAUGAAGACACACCACAAAACUCAAACUGAGGGCAAUUCUACAAAAUAACUAGUAUGUAAUCUUCACAAUUUAAGGAAGGAAGAGUCAAGAGAGACUGAGGAUCUGUUCACAAAUGAAGGAAUACUGAAGAGGAAAUAACUCAGGGCCAUACGUGAUCCUGGUUUGGAUCCUUUUGCCUGAAAGGAUGUUGUUGGGACAAUUAGUGGAACUUCAGUGGAGUCUCUGGAUUAGAUGGUGAUAAAUUGGUGUUGAUUUCCUGAUGUUGAUGGUUAUAUUGGGUUUUUAUAGGACAAUGUCCUUGUUUGUAGGAAUUAUACACCGGAGGGCUUAAGGUAAAGAAAUGUCAUGUCAGAGCCUUCUCACAGAUGGUUCAGGAAAACCAUGCUCUGUGAAUUUGAAAUUAUUUCACAUUUUUAAAAAUACCAAAAUAAAUGUUCUUUCAGGCAUAUUCGCCACUAAAUUAUUUUUUUCUCUCAAAACUACAGAGACAAGACUUUAGAUACAAACCCACAGCAGGACAAUGUGUUUCCUUAUUGAAAUUUUUUUAUAUUUAUCAGAUGCAAAAAUAAUAAGCCUACAGAGGAUCCUUAAAAGAGAACUGUUUUAUUUUUUAACAUACUCAACACACGCACACAGCCAUUCUUUUCUAAAAAAAUGAAGAGGCUGGUGUGGUUCUGUAUCUACCCAGGUUUCUAAACUUGUGGCCUCAGCACAGUUGAGUGGGGUUUAAAAAGCAGCAUGCUGAGAAAGAAAAUAUUAGGGUUUGUUGUUUUUGUUGUUAUUUUUGCAAAGUAAUUAAGAAUGUGGGGUCUGAAGCCAGGCCGCCUCUUGGGAAUGCUGGCCACCACGUAUGUGGGAGGAGACUUCUGACAAAAACAGUCAAUUUUUCAAGGCCUUGGUUUCCUCGUCUGUGAACUGUGAUGACGUCGAACCCCCAGGCCCGGCAGCAGGACACAUGAGGGGACUCGGGAAAAGCGCUGAGACUGGGUCACCCUGCCCGCGCUGGAUCAGGCUGGCCGCUGCCGCUCUCGUUUGAGGAAGAGUGGAAGUGCGUUCGUGAAAGCAUUUGAGCAGGGUUAUGUUGGCUCUCCUUCUCCCUCACCAGGAGCAGAAUUACUGGGAGGCCAUAAAAGUUACGGCUUCUGCUGUGAAAACCUGCCCGAGAUCAGACUAAAGCCUGGAGACAGAGCACGUUCUGGAGGACCGCAAGCGUUGCAGUAGGAGAGAGACUCGGGCUUCGGAGAACUCAGACUGGCUGAACUCCAGACCUGCCGCAGCUGCUCUUGGACUUUGGUCCUGGUCUGUAAAAUGGCUAGAAUGUACCUUUAAUCAUCGCAGUCAGAAGGGGCUCUUGGGGGCUAAGGGAGAUAAACUUCGCCAAACUGCGGAAAAGGUGAAUGACCGAAAGAAUGUCCUCAAAAAGGCUUUUAUUCCUCCUUUAGAGAUGCAGGAACAGUCAGUGUAGAACAGAGGCCUUGGGAUCAGAAAGGAGCAGAGCAUUCUAGCACGUUUUCGAGAAGUGUGAUAAGCUCAGUGCUGUUUGUUCCUGUGGGGGUGUAGACUCCCAGCACUGGGCUUCCAUUGCUUCAGAAGGAAUUUCAGUUGACAAGAGCCGUGUCCGUGUUGUGUAAUCCCAUUCUCAAGAGCUGCUGGAGAAGCGUAGAUCGCUAUCUUUCUAGAACAGUCUGGGUUGAGUGCACACCAGCCCCGGAACCAGGGACAAAGGACAGAAUCCUCAGCCAGUUCCCAUCUGUGUUUCAGUGGGGACAGCAAUCCUGGGCUUUUCUGGCUUUGAAAACGUAAGCCUUUCUUCAUCCCGCAGAAGGAUCGUGUCAGAUGCACACUCAAAAUGUAUGGGUAUUUCUAUUUUGAAGAGAAAAUGUGCUUCCUUUAGAGAUCAUUUCAUCCAAAAUCACUGACUAUUGGGCACGGAUGGAGGACUUCUUUAGAAUUUUGAACAAUUAAGUUUUCCUUUUGCCGCUUCUCCUGCUUUAAUUCAUGUACUUAAUCGUGCAACAAGUAUUAAUUGAGAACUAGUCUUCCAGGCACUCUGGUAGAUGUCGGUUAUAAAAAAAGUGAACCAAACGUAGCCCUCAUGGAAGCACAUUCCAUCUGCCGCUCUUAACAACCUCGCAUGGCUUUUCUGGGCACCCUUUCACAAAGGUGCAUACUUUGAGCCAUUUCAAAAAAAAAAAAAAAGCUUCUUUUUGGCAGGAGCUACGGGUGGACAUAUAUUCGCUGGGGCUACAGACAGGCUUGUCUCCGCAUUUGCCUGGCGUUGCCAUCCCUAGAGAUUUCCUCCCAGCAGCGUCCCUCAUGUUCGGGGGGGACAGCAGUCCGUGGCGGGCAGGAGGAGGGUGCCUGUGGCCGAAAGCCCAUGUGAGAUCAGACUUGGGCUGGCCGCUGGUUGAGUCGGCUCUGAAACAGAAGCUCUCUUGCUGUCUCUGCCUUUAAUACAGGGGAGGGAGAUUUUUCCCUCGGAACAAUCAUGGCGAUGUUAACUCGGUCAGCCGACUAGUGGCACAGAGGGAAACUGCCGCUCGGGUCCGGACUGGUGACGGCAGAAAGCCGCAAUUGCAGUACGUUUCCCUGUUACAAAGAGCCCUGGCUCUGCCAGGAGGAGCCGGACGCCACAAAAGAACUUGGGGAGUUCAGCGUCCCGGUCGUUAGGCAGUGCCGCUGGUGGCUUGUUUAUGCAGCGCGGUCCCUCCGCUGGGAGAAGACCCGCUUCCUUCGGAUGCCCUAGACUGUGCCGUUUGUGCGGCGGGAGAACUUACUGAGUAAUGAAUGUGCUCGUCUGGCUGAUAGAAAGUAUUUCCACAGCCUGCGGGUGUGUUUAUAGAGAGCCGGCGAGAGACCACAGGCAGCAAUUUGUCUUCUUAGGUAUCAGCAAAGUCUUCUCUUUUAACAACUACAGGAUUUAUUUUUAACUGCUUGACUCAGUGUUUGUCAGAUGAUUCGGACCAUCAAACUGCAGCUGGAAGGACCCAGCGCGCGGGGGAAGCUGGAAUGGCAAGGGGAAGGGGGCUGGCUGGGAAAAGGGGUGGGAUUUCAGCAUCGUGCCUCUGGGGCUCUGCCUCCCAACGUGGGAGAGAGUUUAGGGCUUCCAGCAGCACGAGUGUAUUUGCGGGUCAGGCUGGGAACUGAAUGGGAAUGGCUGCCUUCGGCUGCUUAAUGACAUAAUUGCCCAGCGACCGGGGUCUUGUGAGGAGGAACCCAGGAUCCAGGGACGGGGGACCGGGGACCAGAGCGUGCUGAGCGCUGGUCUCUGCUGCUCGGCGUGUUGCGCUUCGCUCCUGCUGGAUGCUGCCGGUCUCCAGAAGCCUCUCACCAUGAUCGAUAGCUCCAAGAAGCAGCAACAGGGCUUCCCAGAGAUUUUAACUGCUGGGGAUUUCGAGCCCUUAAAAGAAAAGGAAUGCCUUGAGGGGAGCAACCAGAAAAGUCUCAAGGAAGUGCUCCAGCUGAGGCUGCAGCAGCGGAGGACAAGGGAGCAACUGGUGGACCAGGGCAUCAUGCCACCUUUGAAGAGCCCAGCUGCAUUCCAUGAGCAGAUAAAAAGCUUGGAACGAGCCAGAACUGAAAACUUUUUGAAGCAUAAGAUUCGGAGCCGACCAGAUCGUUCUGAACUUGUCAGGAUGCACAUUUUAGAAGAGACACUCGCAGAGCCGUCCCUGCAGGCCACGCAGAUGAAGCUGAAGCGAGCUCGACUAGCGGAUGAUCUGAAUGAAAAGAUCGCUCAAAGACCUGGUCCUAUGGAGCUGGUACAGAAGAACAUCCUUCCUGUAGACUCCAGUGUUAAGGAGGCAAUUAUAGGUGUUGGGAAGGAGGACUAUCCUCAGACUCAGGGCGAUUUCUCGUUUGAUGAAGACAGCAGUGAUGCCUUGUCUCCAGACCAGCCAGCCAGCCAGGAGUCACAGGGGUCAGCCGCGUCCCCAAGUGAGCCGAAAGUUAGUGAAUCUCCAUCUCCUGUGACUACAAGCACUCCAGCCCAGUUUACUUCAGUGUCCCCUGCAGUUCCUGAAUUCUUGAAAACUCCUCCUGUGGAUCAGCCCCCCACCAGGUCCACCGCACCUGUCGUCCCCACGAAUACUGUGUCCUCAGCAAAGCCUGGGCCGGCGCUAGUAAAGCAAAGCCAUCCCAAGAACCCCAACGACAAGCACCGCAGCAAGAAGUGCAAGGACCCCAAGCCGCGGGUGAAGAAGCUGAAGUACCACCAGUACAUCCCGCCCGACCAGAAGGGCGAGAAGAGCGAGCCACAGAUGGACUCCAACUACGCGCGCCUGCUCCAGCAGCAGCAGCUCUUCCUGCAGCUGCAGAUCCUGAGCCAGCAGCAGCAGCACUACAACUACCAGACCAUCCUGCCGGCGCCGCUCAAGCCACUUAAUGACAAAAAUAACAACAGUGGGAAUCCCGCUCUGAACAGUACCACACCUAACCCUCCAAGACAGAAUACAUCUGCUCCUGUGAGAAAGCCGGGACCUCUGCCUCCUAGCUUGGAUGACUUAAAGGUGUCGGAACUGAAGACAGAACUGAAGUUAAGGGGUCUUCCAGUGUCGGGCACCAAACCGGACCUCAUUGAACGCCUGAAACCCUACCAGGAAAUGAACAACAGCAGUGUCACCGCGGGCGGCGUCCUGACAGUGCCCGCGUCUGCCAUCGUCACCAGUAACCCAGAAGUCACCGUGGCACUGCCCGUCACAACACUGCACAACCCCGUGACCAGCUCGGGCUCCUCCUUCAAGGCAGAACUGCCCCCUGCCGGCAGCAGCACCGCCGCCCAUGUGGAGACCGUCAGCUCCCCUCUGCCCAUCUCCCCGUCGCCCUCCGAACAGUCCAGUCUCGGGACCGAGGACACAAACAUGGCAGACACCUUCACCGAGAUCAUGACCAUGAUGUCACCGGCGCAGUUCCUGUGCUCGUCCCCUCUGCGAGUGACGGGCCCCGAGGACAGCCCGAGCCCCACCAGCAGCACGCUGUCGAGUCUGGAACUGGACGCGGCUGAGAAGGACCGCAAGCUGCAGGAGAAGGAGAAGCAGAUCGAGGAGCUCAAGAGGAAACUGGAACAAGAGCAGAAGCUCGUGGAAGUUCUGAAAAUGCAGCUCGAGGUGGAGAAGCGAGGGCAGCGGCAGCCGCCGCCGCUGGAACCACAGCCGGGCACCGCAGCCAGCUCGGCGGCCAAGUUAGACCCGAAACUCGGCGGCGCCGGCUCCUCCGUCAAGGACGAGGCCUCGCUCAGCGACUGCUCCGGCUCCAGGCAGCCGGGCCCGGGAGCCGGCCAGCCCAUUGGCCAGCCCCUCUCGGUGGCGGGCCAGGCCCUGGUGGCCAAGAAGGCGGUGGUGAUCAAGCAGGAGGUCGCUGUGGCCCAGGCGGAGCCGCCGAGCAUCGUCCCACAGUUUUACGUGAGUUCGCAGGGACAGCCGCCGCCUGCCAGUGUCGCUGCGCCUCAGGCUUUACUGACCACACAGACCGCCCAGCUGCUGCUGCCGCUGUCCAUCCAGGGCUCCCGUGUCACCUCAGUGCAGCUCCCCGUAGGCAGCCUCAGACUCCAGACUCCAGCACAAACAGGAAUCCAGACUCAGCCUCAGACAGCAGCAGCCACGCUGUCCUCGGGCUUAGCCCAGACUGUACCUCAGAAGCAAGACACUUUCACGCCACAUGUGCUCAGUCAGCCUCAGCAAGUUAGAAAGGUUUUCACAACCUCCGCGUCGAGCGCCGUUCUCCCCUACCCGAGAGCACCCGCCCCAGCGGCCCAGCAGCCCUGUGUUACUAAGACUCCCCCCAGCGUUCUGCAGCCCAGAAGUGCCCCACUGCCCUCCCUGCAGAACGGACCUACCACCUCCAGCAAGCCCGGCUCACCCCCGCCACCCCAGCCGUGUGUCGUCCAGCACUCCCUGUUUGGGAGCCCGGUCCCCAAGACGAAAGACCCUCCCCGCUACGAGGAGGCCAUCAAGCAGACACGCAGCGCCCAGUCCUCCCUCCCAGAGAUUUCCAACGCACACAGUCAGCAGAUGGACGACCUCUUUGAUAUCCUCAUCAAGAGUGGAGAGAUCUCCCUCCCUAUAAAAGAAGAGCCGUCGCCCAUCUCCAAAAUGAGACCGGUGACAGCCAGCAUCACCACCAUGCCGGUCAACACAGUGGUGUCCCGGCCACCACCCCAAGUCCAGAUGGCGCCACCCAUCUCCUUAGAACCCAUGAGCAGUUUGUCCGCCAGCUUGGAGAACCAGCUGGAAGCGUUCUUAGAUGGAACUUUACCUCCGGCCAACGAAAUGGCCCCACUGCCGAGCAGCAGUGAGGACAGAGAGCCCUUCUCUCUGAUCGAGGACCUCCAGAACGAUCUGCUGAGUCACUCGGGUGUGCUGGACCACUCACACUCCCCCAUGGAGACUUCCGAGGCCCAGUUUGCCGCCAGUACCCCCUGUCUGUCACUGGACCUUUCGGACUCGAACUUGGACAACAUGGAGUGGCUGGACAUCACGAUGCCUAACACGUCAGGGCUCACUCCCCUCAGCACGACCACCCCCAGCAUGUUCUCCGCUGACUUUCUAGAUCCACAGGACCUGCCGUUGCCGUGGGACUAACAUCGCCGACUUCUCGUUCGAGCCUAUGUCGUUUCAGAAGAUGAAGAUCAUUCUCCAAGGUCAGUUUUUAGAGACAGAUUCAGAGUUGCGCUGUUGCAUUACAAUAUGUUGUCACGGGAAGAACGGAUAGAUGGUCACAGCCUGGAAACCGAGUGCGAACACAUUUCACGGCACCCAGCUGUGAAUUUCUCCAACUUAACAGCACAGGGCCUUCUGAAAAGUCACGGGUUACAGAAGACCCACCUGUUUCUCCAGACUUCGGCAGAGAACGAAUAAAGACAUCCAGAAGAGGGACGUGUGCAGGAGAGCGACACGAGGAUUCUCUGGCCGUCCAUGAACUACAUUUACGCCUCUGCGGUCACCUUCAGACCCGACGCUCAAGGCAGACAGCUCCCCUCCAACGAGGGGACAGCGGCCCCUGCAUGCGGCCCGUCCCAGCCACGACCGGAGCCGGGCUGCGGGCGGCAGAGGCCGGGGAGGGCGCCCGCCCGUUCCCAGACAGCGGCCACUGCGGACUUCUGCUUCCGUUCGGAAACCAACAUCGUUUAUCUGUGUCGUCGUUUUGUGAUUUGGGGAAUCUUAACCGUAGCUUCCAGGUUUCAGUUCAAGUGCGAGAUCCUCCACCAUCAUCAGACGACGUCUCCAAAACAC